AACGUCUUCGGCGACGGCCUCGUGCGCCUCGACGGGCAGCUCUACCGCCUCAGCAGCUACAUUAAGAGGUAUGUGGAACUGACCAACUACUGUGAUUAUAAAGACUACAGGGAAACUAUACUGAGCAAACCAAUGUUGUUCUUUAUUAAUGUACAGACCAAAAAAGACACCUCAAAAGAAAGGACAUACGCGUUUCUUGUGAACACAAGGCACCCCAAGAUAAGAAGACAGAUAGAGCAAGGGAUGGACAUGGUCAUCUCCUCAGUGAUUGGAGAAAGUUACCGGCUUCAGUUUGAUUUUCAAGAGGCAGUGAAGAAUUUCUUCCCCCCGGGAAAUGAAGUGGUUAAUGGAGAAAACUUAAGCUUUGCAUAUGAAUUCAAAGCUGACGCAUUAUUUGAUUUCUUCUAUUGGUUUGGGCUCAGUAAUUCCAUUGUAAAAGUAAAUGGAAAAGUUCUGAAUUUGUCAAGUACAAGUCCAGAAAAGAAGGAGACGAUUAAGUUAUUUCUGGAAAAAAUGAGUGAGCCUUUAAUCCGAAGGAGCAGUUUCUCUGACCGAAAGUUCAGUGUAACUUCCAGAGGUUCAAUAGAUGACGUUUUUAACUGCAAUCUGUCACCCAGAUCGUCUCUGACAGAGCCUCUUUUGGCAGAAUUACCAUUUCCAAGUGUUCUGGAAUCUGAAGAGACACCCAACCAAUUUAUCUGAUUGGACUGAACAUUCUAGCAGUUGCUCCUACACUCCAGGCUUGUGCUAGACUAUGGGCUUGGGGGAGGGUAGGAGGUGGGAGGCAGGAACUUCCACCUGCGUGUCAAUCUCCGGCUCCUCCAUGGCUUCUACGGAGGGCUGCUCUCUUCUGCCUCUGUGGAUGUGAUGCCCUGGCAGGCGAUUCCCAGGGCAGCUGAUUCCCCUAAAGAUUAUGAUUACCAGGAUGGAAAGGCCUUGGUCCCAUGGCAUUGGGUGGGGCUGGGGAUAUUCUCUACUUUGAACUCUUCUCCGAAGAGGCAGAAGGGCCACAGAGUUCUGCCACCUUGAGCAUUUUUCUCAGUUCCGUGGGAGUUUUCCUAGCAGCCUGUGUGGGAGUGGUCUGCCUGGCUGUUGACCCAACAUGCUUCAUAAAUCAGGAUUUGGCCCUCUGCUUGGGGCAUCCAACCCCUUGAACUCAGACCUAUUGCGCAAGGGGAUAAGAGUUCUGUUCUCUUGCCAACCUGGCUGGGCAAAAGCCUGUGCCAUCUUUCACCGGAAGGCAAAUGUGUUUUUCAUCCUGCCAUAUGACACCUAUGAGAAACGUUCACGGUGAGAUUCACUGGAGUAGCAGCCAGGUUGCUAGGACAGUAACCCUGCCACACACUGCCUGAAACUGGAACUCCCUUGGCCUCCCUCUUAACUAAGUGACCCAUGUAGAAUGAAGCCAGGAGAUACAGUACCGAACAAUGAGAGGGGAAGGGUAUUGGACACGGCAGUGUCCUCCUUAUUGAAAGCACAUUAUGUCAGUUGGGAAUUUUAAAUAAGCUUUUAGCAAUCCUAACACUAAAAGCAAAAUGGAAGAAAGCUAUACCAUCACCAUAAUACAUUUUUCAUCUCAUGGCUACAAUGGAAUUCUUGAAAAGGAAAAAAAUCCUAUCUACAUAUAAAAACCUGCAUGAAUGAAUCACUACAUAUGCUUAUAAUGAGGAAGAGUUAUGGGUCCUGAGUGUAAUUUUUUUAUCUUUUCUUAAAAAGUUUCUGUUAUGCAUUUUGAUAACACUACUGAUGAUCCUUCCAUUUAUUUUUGAAAUAUUAUGUACCGCAUUUUCACAAUUAAAACUUUUCUUAGCAUUCAAACUAGAAUUGAUUAAAUUUAUGACAGGCUUCA